AUGCUUUCGAGAACGGCACAGCCCGCCCGGACCCUGCUCCGCAGUGCCUUCGUGGCUCCCUCCAUCGGUCGCUCGGUUUCCGCGAGAUCUUUUGCCAGCGUUCAGUCGGAUAUCUUCAAGCCCACCAAGUAUGGUGGCAAGUACACCGUCACCCUUAUUCCUGGUGACGGAAUUGGUGCGGAAGUGGCGGAAUCGGUCAAGACUAUCUUCAAGGCCGACAACGUCCCUAUCGAGUGGGAACAGGUCGACGUCAGCGGUGUCGAUACCGGCAACAAGCACUCCGAGGAGCUGUUCAAGGAGUCCCUGGCUUCGCUGAAGCGCAACAAGCUGGGUCUGAAAGGUAUUCUUUUCACCCCCGUCGAGCGUUCCGGCCACCAGUCUUUCAACGUUGCCCUGCGCCAGGAGUUGGACAUCUACGCCUCAAUCUCCCUGAUCAAGAACAUCCCGGGAUAUGAGACCCGUCACAAGAAUGUUGACCUCUGCAUCAUUCGUGAGAACACCGAGGGUGAGUAUUCUGGCCUCGAGCACCAGUCCGUUCAGGGCGUCGUCGAGUCCCUCAAGAUCAUCACCCGCGCCAAAUCCGAGCGUAUCGCCAAGUUCGCCUUCAGCUUCGCCCUCGCCAACAACCGCAAGAAGGUUACUUGUAUUCACAAGGCCAACAUUAUGAAGCUUGCCGACGGUCUCUUCCGCAGCACUUUCCACAAGGUUGCCGAGAACUAUCCCACCCUGGAGGUGAACGACAUGAUUGUGGACAACGCUUCCAUGCAAGCUGUCUCGCGCCCCCAGCAGUUCGAUGUGAUGGUCAUGCCCAACCUUUACGGAGGUAUUCUUUCCAACGUCGGUGCUGCCCUCGUUGGUGGCCCCGGUCUGGUCCCUGGCUGCAACAUGGGCCGUGACGUUGCCGUUUUCGAGCCCGGUUGCCGUCAUGUUGGUCUCGACAUCAAGGGCAAGGACCAGGCUAACCCCAGCGCCAUGAUCCUCUCCGGAUCCAUGUUGCUCCGCCACCUGGGUCUUGAUGACCACGCCAACCGCAUCUCCAAAGCUGUCUAUGAUGUGAUCGGUGAAGGCAAGACUCGCACUCGCGACAUGGGUGGUCAGGCUACCACUCACGAAUUCACCCGUGCUGUCUUGGACAAGAUGGAGGCGGCUCUGUAA